AUGACGAAAACAUUACAUAUCACUUUAAUAAUUCUCUCGACAAUAGUACAGUGUUUCAAUGUGAAUACUUUGUCUAUAAAAUAUAACAAGUUAUCAAGUAAAGUGUUUGAUACAAACAAUAGUGAACAAUUAGUGCUGUUAAAACCGUUCCAAUAUUAUAAUUGUUUUAUGUGGCAUCGCACGGACAAUUUAGUUCAAUGGAAAAGGCGCCGAAGAAACUACAUUCCCGCAAUAAAGUUGGCGGUGAUGCGACAUAGAUUAAGAGAGAAGAGGAAUGCUAUUAGUGAUAUAGAAGAACGUACUGGCAGGCGUGAGAGGACAGGUUCUAUUUUAAGAGUGAGCCCAUCGGCAGUUCCUAUGUCUCUGGUAGCAAGAUUCAAGCUGCAGUGGCCAGUGAAGUUGUGGAAAGAGUACGGUCUUUAUACGGAUGAUUACCUUACAUUGAUUAACUCGCAUUGGCUGCGUUUCCCACCACCCGACCCUGGAGUGAACUAUCUGCUGGGGGGGCUCUACGUGGUGAUGAUGGUCGUAGGAUGCUCGGGGAAUACCCUAGUUCUCUAUAUGUAUAUCAAGUGUCGAAGUCUGCGGACCGCGGGAAACAUCUUGGUAGCAAAUCUUGCACUCAGUGACUUUCUGAUGCUGGCUAAGACACCGGUAUUCAUUUAUAACUCCUUCUAUCUGGGUCCGGCGUUGGGAAAACCGGGUUGCAUCAUCUAUGGAUUUCUGGGCGGGUUAACAGGAGCAACCUCCAUCGCCACACUAUCUGCUAUUGCACUGGAUCGCUACUGGGCGGUGGUGCGCCCCCUGGAGCCGCUUCGAGCGCUGACGGCAAUUCGCGCGCGACUUCUCGCCGUGUCCGCCUGGCUCUAUGCGGCCAUCUUCGCAUCCAUCCCCGCCUUCGACUUCGGAUUCGGACAUUACGUUCCCGAAGGCUACCUCACCAGUUGCAGCUUCGACUACCUCACCGAAGAAGCAGCACCACGCUACUUCAUAUUCGUCUUCUUCUGCGCCGCGUGGCUCGCACCUUUCUGUACUAUAUCGUUCUGCUACCUAAACAUAUUCCGAGUAGUCGCCUGCAACAGAAAUGUCGCCACCUCCAACCAAGAGCAACGACUGUCUUCGAGACAUGUCAAAGAGAGAACCAAACGCAAAGCUGAAAUAAAACUUGCAUUCCUCGUUAUUGUCGUCAUAGCAUUAUUUUUUAUAUCGUGGACGCCGUACGCGGUAGUAGCUCUUCUUGGUAUAGCCGGUAAAAAAGACCUUAUUACCCCCAUAACUUCCAUGAUACCCGCAUUGUUUUGUAAAACUGCCGCUUGUGUAAAUCCUUUUAUAUACAUCAUAACUCACCCUAAGUUUCGUAUUGAAUUUAAAAAAAUGAUAUAUAGGGAUAAAUCGAAACGGAUGGGAGGCACCAUGAAAACUACAGCAUAUACCACAGAAGUUACGAAACUGCACAGACCUAGCAAAGAUCUAAGUGAUACUGACGUGGAAGUUGUGGAAAUGAGUAAUAUACCAUAUCAAAGCGAAGAAGUCGGUGAGCAACCGGGAAACAUACAAACAAUAUCAUCGAAACUGGCAGCACGUCAGGAUACGUUGAAAAGUUUAAGUAUGAAAAGCUUCGAGGAAAACGUGGUAGCACCGCCAUCAUGGUACGCCAAACCGAAAUUUGCAAAGAAGAAGAGUUUUCACAGGAGAUCUACUAAAAGUGUAAUAUCAAUAAACUAA